AUGACACCAGCAAUCGAGCAUUACACCACCAAACUCAGUAUCGCCACAGCCCAACUUGCGGCUCUCUACCCACUAGACACUUCAGACAAGAUUUCACAAGCCAUCGCACCAUGGAAUGAGCUCUAUGGGUUUAUCGGGUUCACCACGCUUGAUUCUCAGGGUGAACAAAGCUUCUUCAACCAUCCAGACACUGCUGCUCUCAUUCCAGCUACCAGGACUGCUGUUCGUGAAUGCGAGGCCGCUUUCGAGAUAUUUUUUGCUCGCCAAAUAAUCGAUUGUGCAGACCCCCGUGCUGAGCUCUUGCGAUUUCCCAUUCAUGUCUUCUACGAGCACACUGCCUCAUUAGAAUGGCAUGCCCUUACAGCCGUCUUGGGCCAAUACCCAACAAACGUGGCCAUCCUAGGCGCAGGUGCACUUCCGGAGACUUGCGUCUGGAUUCAGGAUUGGGCAAGAGAGAACAAAACACGAGUUCGAGUGCACAAUGUUGAGCUUCUAGAAGAUAGAUGCGAGCUUGGACGACUAGCAGUCUCUGCGCUGGGUGUGUACAGCGAAGACACGACUUUCGAGGCGGGCGAUGCAUGUGCUAUUCCUGCCAACCUCCAACCGUUUGAUGCAGUCUAUUUCAACGCAACAGUUGGAGUGACUGUCGAGGAAAAAGAGAGCGCUAUCGUGCAAGUUUCCAAACGAAUGCGAAAUGGUUCGCCUACAACAAUGACAUCUCCUGCUUUGUUGGAGGUUCUUAGGCCCGUGUUGACAUACCACAUGAAUGGAGAGGUCGGAAAGAGUAUCAACACGUCCAUCAUCGUCUCUAGGAUUGUAUAG